AUGACGCAAAUCGGAGACGUGUACAAUUGGGAAGCUGGACGAUCCUCGCCGGAAACAAUCAGCUGCGGCAGCGUAUUUGACAGCCUGGAGUUCGAAUACAAGAACUGGGCUCGGAUGCCCGGAGAAGAUCAAAACACCGAAGCCCAUGAUCGUGAUUUCGGAGGCUAUGGCGGUGGCUUUGCUGGGGAGGAAUACGAAGGAGGAGCUGAGCCGAUGAUGAAAAAGGGGCCGUGGACGGCGGAGGAGGAUGAGAGGCUGAAAAAGUGCGUGGAGGAACAUGGGGUCGGAAAUUGGAUCACAAUAGAGAAAUGCUCUGGUUUGGGUAGGACGUCCAAGAGCUGUAGGCUCAGGUGGACUAAUCAUUUAAGACCUCAUCUCAAGAAGGGUUCUUUUACAAGAGAAGAAGAAAGGCUUCUGGUGAAAUUGCACAAAAUUUAUGGCAACAAAUGGUCUUACAUUGCCUCCAAGCUUCCAGGAAGAACAGACAAUGAAGUCAAGAACUUCUGGCAUGGAAGGGUCAGAAGAUGCCGCAGAAAAUUCCAACCCAUCUACCCAGAAAACAUUGAAGAUAAUGAAUCUUGUAGAAAUGGCUUUGACAGUCAUGGAAAGAAUCAUUUCAAUGAUGGAUAUCAUAGCUCCAUUCCCAUGGAGCAUUCUGAGAGUGGCCUCCUUUUCUAUUCCAUCACUUCACAGUAUUCGUCGCAUGAUGCGACAUUCAAACAGCAGCAAAAUGUCGUAAACAAUCUUAGUCCUUCGUUCGCGUUUACAUCACCUGAAGCUCAGUUCUUUUCCCAGAAUCAAAGGCCUGUUUCAUCCCCACAUAGCCUCCCAUCUUCACAACUUCCUAGCCCUACAUACUACACAGCUCAAUUGCCUCCAUCACCCAUAAGUUUGCCUUCCCAUAAUUGCUGCCAUUCAAUUCAACAAUUUCGUUCAACUGAAGUGUCUGAUACUACCUCGCAGAACCCUUUCGUGUCGAUUCAAGAACACCCCUUGUCUUCACAACAAUCGGCCUCCAGGACUGCUGGUGCCAUUACAUUCGCGCCUUUGAGACCGCCACCCAUUCUUUCCUCUAUGGCUGGUCGACUAAAAAGAUCCAGAAGCACCUUUAAUCCACAGUCUUCUCCAAGUACAAUUACUCAAUUCUCAGGUCCUGAACAAGGAAGUCAAAUCUCAGCCUCAGGAUCUUCAAUCACUUCCCAGAAAAUGAAUGUCGCAUCCCAGAUUCCUCAAACCUUUACUCAGUUACAUUCUCCUAAGCUGCUUAAAUCUGUAGAACAGCCUUUAACAUCUUUUGAAAAAUUGCAAAAUUCAUCCAUGCCAUCUGAUGUUUGUUCUUCAAAUCUGAAUUCAUUGACAACGCAUCCAGGUUCGUGUCUCCAUAAGAGUCAGUCUGCACCAUCUUUUGUAUUUCCCGAGGCACGGGAUUCUUUUCUUUUUGAGCCCCCUUCAGUCCAAACUCCCACAUCUGCCUAUAGACCUAUCCCUGAAAUGAAGAAUAAUCUCCAGGGAACAGAUGUUGGAAUACUGGAUGCUCAAUCUCAAGAAGCCAAAGCUAAGGCAGAUAUCUUGAGUCAGAAAUCGCUCGAGGAACAGUAUGUUGAUCAAAGCCUGAGCCUAAAACGAGACCUGGCUGGAAAAAUGUUAGAGAAUGAAACAUUUCAGGAAAAUGUAUUUCACCACAGCUCAAAGCCAGGAGGUAAUUGUGGUGAAAAUACAAGAAUGUCAAAUAACCGAGACUUGGUGAACCAAAGGUCAGGUAAGAAAUCUUCACACAAAAAAUGCUUGAAAUUCGGAGGAUUCGAGGGAAAAAUAUCCAGAAGAGAAGGUUUAUUGAGUGAGAUCUCAAAAACUGGAGUUUUGCUGGUGGAAAGGGGAAAGAAAGAGACAGUGUUGCAGGGACUCUUAGACAAAGGUUCAAGACAGGGAGCUUCAACUAGCAAUAGGUCAAAGACAGAAGAAGUUUUGCUGGCAGAAAUCUCCAACAGAGGGGACCCUUUUGGCCAAAAUUAUAUCACAAAUAAUUUCCAGGGUGAAAUGUACAACAGAAAACAUAAUAUCAAUCAACAAUUAGAGAAAGAUUUGUCAAUCAAUGAUCAACAAUACGAAAACUUGGCGUGUUUUACUCAAAACAUCGAAGAGACUUUCUUUGGUAUUAGCUCAAGGAGGUCAUUUUCAUUGGACUUACAGAAUCAAAAAUGUGAUCAGAAUGCAUUUGGUCGUGCUUCUCACGCCGUCUCAGGGAGAGAUGAUCUGUUGGCUUUAGGGGGACAAGAUGAUGAAUUUAGGACACUUUACCAAAAAUCUAUCCAUAAUAGUGAAAUACCUUUUACAGAAUCCAGUGAUGGGAGAGAAACCUGGAAGAUCCUGAGUGAUAACAUGGCGGAAGGAUGUCCAGACACUUUCAAAUGUGAAUCUUUGUCACAUCAGGCACAAAAUGGUCCUUUUAUAGGUGAAGAUUCACUUGCCAAUAAUGCAUCGUUAGAUCAGCAGGAAAUCUUACACAACCCAACCUUGAGCCUCGCCCAAUGUCCUACAAUAUGGACCUCCGUUCAACUAUGUGGAGAGGAUUUCUUCGAAACAGAUUUAAGUAAAGAAAUUCCAUCUGGGAGAAGCUUCGAAAAUAACAUUUCUCCUGACAAUGGCUCAGGAGAAAGAUUCCAAUCAGAAAACUCAGCUGAUAGAACGAUCCCAUCGCAGGAGCUUUGCAUGAGUGAGUUUGUUUCAUCAACUCUCAGAAGCACCGGAGCCCACCAGCUGACAGAUAGUAUACAUUGUACUGAGACUGGCUCUGGCCAGUGCUAUGAGGAACCAACGACGAAGGAAAAAAUGGAGGAAACUUGUGACAUCCCGGCAGAAGACAUGUCUGACUUUCUUGAGUUUUGUCCAACCAACUUACCUGAUUGGUAUGACAGCAAUAGCUGUGAAAACUCUAGCAUAUUAGACAUGAUUUUUGGGCUUGAAAUGAGUUACAAUCAGGCUAUUGAUGAAAUAGAAUAUGAAUGA